AAUCAACUGGUCCCCGGAUAAUAAACAAUCAUCCCACCAAAUUUCAUGCGAUUCGGUUCAAUACUUUUUGAGUUUUGCGAAUAACACGCAUACAAAUAAAUAAAUAAAUAAAUAAAUACACGGCGAUCAAAACAUAACCUUCCGGCAUUUUCAAUGCGAAGGUAAUAAUAGUAUUGUCAAUCUGCCUUUAUCAGUGUGUUCAUAAUGAUCAAAUAUCAAGAUGUAUAGAACAGAUUAUAACCUCUUUUCUGUAAAUAUUCAUGUGUUUAAUUUAAAAUCAGCAAAAUUCAGACAUUACUUAUAGCUAAACAUGUGUCGUGCCGUUUCAUGUCACCUGUAGCUAUCAAUUUGUGUCUUUGCUUCAAGAAUAAUUCCAGAUGUUUGAUACGAUUUUUUAACUGUAAAGUAUUUUUGCCACAUAAUAUAAACCACUUGACUAAUAUAAAAGGGCUUUCUUCUGUAAACUGCACAUCUAAAUGAAGCAAGAGGGCCGUGGGUUCAAUUCCCGGUCUGGGCGGUCCGUCUGUGUGGAGUUUGCAUGUUCUCCCCGUGGCAGUGGGUUCCCUCCGGGUUCUCCGGCUUCCUCCCACAGUCAGGCUAAUUGAUGUCCCAAUGUCCCAUAGGUGUGAAUGUGAGAGUGAGUGGUUGUCUGUCUCUAUAUGUGCCCUGAGAUGACCUCUGACCUGUCCAGCGCCCCGUGACCCAAAUGAGCAUGAAGCGGUAUUGAUUUUCGAGCAAAAACGCCUAAAAUGAUCUGACGAAAUUAAAAUGGCUGUAGUUUCUGAACCCCUCUAAAUACAUUUAUCAAUGAAGGCUUUCUAGAAAGAUUACCCUUGUGAUUACUUGUGAAAGUGUCAAAAAUCCUUUAGGUCAUACAGAAACAGAGCAGUGGGCCUUUGAAGUCAGUAAAAAUGUAAGAUUUUUGUCCGCCUAAAAUAAAAAAGUAUAUUUCAGUAUAAAUAACUGCCUGUGACUGUAUCUGUACAGGAAAAGGACAGUAUAUGUGUGUAACUGCACUAGUACUAAACACCUGCUUCAAAUUUGAAGAGGACAGGACAAAGUAUGACCAUCCUACAUUGUUUUUCAUGAAAAGAUCCAGGCGGAGCUCCAAAAAGGACAUUUGCAGACUCCAAAUGCACACAUGGUACCCAAAUGAUAUUAUAAGACACUGAAGGUGUUUUCCUUUACAUGUUGAUAUGUUUCAACAUAUAUCAAUGUAAAGAACUGUAAUUUCACUGCAAAAUAUAACUUUUACUCCAAGUAGAGCAGAUGUAUUGCUAAAUAAUAUAUACAUAUAAAUAUAUACGACAUAUAUAUAGAUAUAUAUAUACACACAUAGUGACAUAUAUAUGUCGUAUAUAUACGUAUAUACUACAUAAUAUAUAUACACACACAAAUAUACAGAGCUACCAACUCUCACGGUUUCGCCGUGUGACACACGCUUUUGCAUGUUUUCACACGCUCUCACGCAACCAAUUUCCAGGGAUCUCAAGUUUUGAAGACAGGCAAGCGUGAGAUUUCCAUCAGCACCCGAUACAGCUGACCGUUGCGCGCGCCGGCAUCGAGCCGAAAAGAGUUGUUGACGGGGGGUUUGCUCCAUCCCAAUGCGCGCAAGACCGGCGUCGGAGCUCUGCAGCGGAACAAUCGAUCGGCGUAUUGAGCACCCCUGCAUUCAAGCAUUAAAUAGCCGAGAGGUUUUUUCAGCGUGAGGAAUUCGAUGUGUGGCGGGAGUGCGUGAGAUAAGACCGAAAUGCGUGAGUCUCACGCUCAAUGCGUGAGACUUGAGAGCCCUGCAUUUCUCACGGCAAAAGAAAUUCUGAUUUUGGCCCGAGGCGCGUUGGUUUGUUUUCAAACUGACAGUCACGCAUUUCGUUCUUAGGUCACGCACUCCCGCCACACCUCGUAUUUCUCACGCUGAAAAAACUCUCGGCUAUUUAAUGUUUUAAUGUGCCGCAGCGCGCCAACAUGAGCCGCGCUGCCCUCACCGUGGGGAAUCAAGCGCUCCCCUGGAGUUCUGCUGCGAGUUGCCACUUAUCAGCCAAUCAGAAAAAAGAAAUGGGCUACACAAUAGCCAAUCAGAAAAAAACCUAUCUGGGUAAGAUUUAAUCCAGCAACCAAUGAAAAUAAAGCAUCCUGGAUAAAUAUGUCACUCUUGCCUGUCUUCAAAACUUAAGAGCCCUGUUAAUGAUUCAAUUAAGUUCUCACUCUCUUAAACUUUAAAUCUUGAAAUAAUUUGUUGUGUUUGUGCGUGUGAUUUUGUGUGGUGAAUGUAAACUCAGCUGUCAUAACAAGCAGCAGGAGAGCACCUUGUUAACCUCUUGGUAUCCUGCAUGCUCAACACAUCAGAGCAUUGUUUAUUAAGGCUGCCCACAUAGCAUUUAUCACUUUAUUUACAGGCCUAGGAAAAGGACCCUCUCAAAAAAUUUCAAAACAGCACUUUGAACAAGUAAGAUGUAUUAUAAAGAAUUUAACAUAAAGACAGGACAUUUGUGCAAUAGAAUUAGGCAUGUUUUUGUAAAUGAGAGUAGAGUUAUUAAAAAACAUUUUAAUUCUUUAAGGUAGCAAAGAUGUCUCGUAAAAGACCUUUGCCAGGCCAGAAUGCAGGGUACAACAUGGGCACAACGCCACAUUUAUUCAAAUUUCCUGAUAUUAUAGCCACCAACGUGUGUGGCUGAGUGCGCGGCAAAAUGUUGGUCACCCCCGACAAAAUCUCACUCCAAGGUUUUUUGAAAAGUUGCCAGCUCUGAAUAUAUAUGUAUGUAUGAACAUAUAUUUCUAUACAUGAACAUAUAUAUUCUGUAAGGAGAAGACUGGCUGCGCCCACGUAUUUCAGAGGAGUUCCGUUACGUGUGACUCAAUUUGCAUAUGCAACACGUCGUUAGAAAGCCGUAAGUCUCCUCUAGAGUAGACGAAGGGAUUGACAGUCUAACCUAACUGUUACUAAUAAAAUGUAGUCAAACAAAAACGGAGCAAAUCACCGUGUUCAUGGCCCGGCAAAGACAGCGCGGUCUCCUGGCUUCAACACGUUACUGUCAGGGAAGACAGCCCACCAAAAAACAAGUUUUUUUGUAAAACUUUUUACCUUUUCUGAUUCCGCUAGCUCUUUGCUAACUUCCGCUAGUACUUCCGCUAAUACCUCCGCAAAUACAUCUACUUAGAAAGUGUAUUCUGUACGUUUUCUCCGUCGAAAUGUUGCAAGACCCGACUUGCUGCAUUUAUCGCGACUUUAGACAUUGUGUGUUUGGGCUCCUCUUGUGAAAAAUUAUUACGAAAUAAAAGAAAAUGUCAGAGCUACCAACUCUCACGGUUUCGCCGUGUGACACACGCUUUUGCAUGUUUUCACGCUCUCACGCCACACAACCAAUUUCUCACGGCAAAAGAAAUUCUGAUUUUGGGCCGAGGCGCGUUGGUUUCUUUUCAAACUCCGCGACGAUAGAUGGCGCUAAGGAGCGCAUCUGUAAACCUGUUCGCUCCAUAGACAUCCUAUUUACCCCAGAGUCCCGGAGUUAGCAACAGAAGAAGAUUUUCAAACAGACACAACGAGCAGAGACUGGUGUGUUAAUGCAGGAUCCAGAGUGUCACGCAUUGAGCGUGAGACUCACGCAUUUCGGUCUUAAGUCACGCACUCCCGCCACACCUCGUAUUUCUCACGCUGAAAAAACUCUCGGCUAUUUAAUGUUUUAAUGUGCCGCAGCGCGCCAACAUGAGCCGCGCUGCCCUCACCGUGAAGGAAUCAAGCGCUCCCCUGGAGUUCUGCUGCGAGUUGCCACUUAUCAGCCAAUCAGAAAAAAACCUAUCUGGGUAAGAUCCAGCAACCAAUGAAAAUAAAGCAUCCUGGAUAGAUAUGUCACUCUUGCCUGUCUUCAAAACUUAAGAGCCCUGUUAAUGACAUGUGGUUCAAUUAAGUUCUCACUCUCUUAAACUUUAAAUCUUGAAAUAAUGUGUUGUGUUUGUGCGUGUGAUUUUGUGUGGUGAAUGUAAACUCAGCUGUCAUAACAAGCAGCAGGAGAGCACCUUGUUAACCUCUUGGUAUCCUGCAUGCUCAACACAUCAGAGCAUUGUUUGUUAAGGCUGCCCACAUAGCAUUUAUCACUUUAUUUACAGGCCUAGGAAAAGGACCCUCUCAAAAAAAUUCAAAACAGCACUUUGAACAAGUAAGAUGUAUUAUAAAGAAUUUAACAUAAAGACAGGACAUUUGUGCAAUAGAGUUAGGCAUGUAUUUGUAAAUGAAAGUAGAGUUAUUAAAAAACAUUUUAAUUCUUUAAGGUAGCAAAGAUGUCUCGUAAAAGACCUUUGCCAGGCCAGAGUGCAGGGUACAACAUGGGUACAACAUGGGUACAACGCCAAAUUAAAUCAAGAUUCCUGAUAUUUGAGCCACCAACGUUUGUAGCUGCGUGCGCGGCAACAUAUUGGUCACCCCCGACAAAAUCUCACUCCAAGGUUUUUUGAAAAGUUGGCAGCUCUGAAAUGUAUAUGUUCUUUGCAAAGAUGAGGAUGUGUUGAAUGCUGGGAUACCAAACAUGCCCAUGUUUAUUGAUGUGGUCUGCGUGAGCAAGCCGUUUAAAGGGAAGGGGAGGGUCUUAAGGACGCCGGCGUCCUCAGUGGAGUGGAAGAGGUUAAACCAUUUUAAUAGCUCAAACUAAUACAGUACGAAUACAACAGCCAUGCUAUUUAAACUAUUUUUAAAGAGGCGUUGAAGUCAACUUAAUGAUAUAUAUAUUAUAUAUUUGUAAUUUCGAUACUGUCUUGUCUCUUUCAGCCCGCAGCAGCCAGCAGGAUGUCUGUGACCAUGACCAAGGCCGAUGGGGUGACCGUGUUCACCAUGAUCUCUGACCCCCAAAGUGUUCUCCCUCCACUGUGCCAAAUCCUCAAAGGCCUUUGCUACAGCCCGGUGUGCUGCUCUGUGUCUCAGCACCUGAAGACGGUCCAGAGAAAGGCCCAGUCAGCACUGGGGGCGAUGCACAUUAUGGUCGGGUUGCUCAACAUCGGCCUCGGAGUGAUCCUUCUCUGCAGCCACGGGGGGUCUUGGUGGAUCGGAGCAUUGAAUAUUUUGUUUGGCAUCGUUGGCGUUUUGUCCGAGAAGUGGCCGAGUCCAUGUCUGGUCAUCGCCAAUGUGAUCCUGAACGUAGGACAGACAACCACGAUUGCAUCUCCCCGGGGAGGAGCACAUGAGGGCAAAGCACUGGCUGUGAGAGGAUUCACCAGCGCCUGCAGCUCAACCUGCAGCUCCACCUGCCCGGCCAGCAAAGAGGUUUCGUGACACGAUAACAUGAUGUUAUUAUAGUGAAGCUAUAUUGUAAAUAGUCUGUCAAUAGUUGUGUUCUGUUUUCUAUUUCUCAACAUGUAUAUAAUGUAGAAUUUUUUUUUUAAUGUACAAUACAUAUAAAAAAUGUAAUGGUCUUUUUUUUUUUGCACACACCCCAUGAAACUUUAUCUGCUAUAUGAAGUCAUUUCUCAGUCCCAUCUUUAUCAUUUUGGUGAAUGUGACAGACCACAUCAUUUUUACAAAAAAAAUGUUAAUACAAAAUUUGGUUUUCCUCAUUUAUUCAAUACAGUUUAUUUGUAGAGCCCAAUUUCACAAAUUACAAAUUUGUCUCGGAGUGCUUUACAAUCUGUGCAUAUAGACAUCCCUGACCUUUGACCUCACAUCGGAUCAGGAACAACAGAGGAGGAUCCCUCUCCAGGAUGGACAGGUGCAAUUACAUGUAUCUAGCAUUGUAUAAAGAUAUUUCACUGCUUUUGUGAACCUAUGACCUUUGGUAAACCAAUUUCAAACACCAAAACAGUUCGUCCACAUGAGUAAAGGUGUGUUUUCAGAAGAGAUAUGAAUAAUUUUUAAAAAUCGAACUUCAAUUGUCAGCUUUAGGGUCAUAUUUUCUCGAGUAAAGCGCUGUCGGUUUGUUUGUGACGGGGUUCAUACACAUGCUGACCAGAUAACGCCGCACAUCGCCCUCAAUUUAAAGAUCACUUUCUAGUUUCUGCUGCAGGCAGGAUAUUUAAUACAGUCUAUCUCUCAGGACAAUCCGUCCAUUAUUUUGCUGGGUUUAAAACAAUUAGAAAUUAUUGAGCUUGAGUAUUUCGUUGGGUAAUAAUUUGUUUUAAAUGUUGAAAGUGAUUCCAUUGAUCUCUUUCCAGUAAAUGUUGAUUACUUUAACUUUGCACCUUAAAUUGAAAUGUAUAAAAAACAGACGCAAUCUCCAGUUUAAUAAAUUACAUUGCGUGUCCAAAUGCUCCUGGCCCGGCCCCUCUGUCACAUUUUAGAACCGAUUGUGGCCCACAGGUCAAAAAGUUUGCCCACCCCUGCUCUAGAGGGUGGUAAAAUGCUUCUCUCAAAGUUUCAGCUUGGACCUCAGAAAGAUAGUAAACAGAAAAAAAAUGUUGACGUGUUUGUAGUGUGUGUACACCGUACACACACUUCUGCUCUUUAUCGCCCCCUAGUGGAUUUCACGAUUCUGCUCUUUAUCGCCCCCUAUCGGAAUGUCCUAUGUAUUAGCCCAAAGCAAUGUUUACAAUAGAAAAGGAGAGUUACUAGGUUGUUUUAGUUAAAUGAA